AUGGGCUACAUAAGGAUGCGCUCAGCCUGGAUUUCGGAGGAGAUGUUCAGAAGGACAACACAGGUGGCUCCAAAGACCGUGGGCUCCUUCUACAUCCCAUUUGUCAGAGCCACAAAGUUACCACUGAACUUCCUUCAUCUCAUCUCCGUGUCCCCAGUGAAGGAUGCACAGUGGAGAAACAGGCUUCCUCUCCUCUGCUUCUGCAAUGGCUUCAGCAUCUACUGCAACACAGGAAUUAGUCCCUGGUGCCCAGUUAGCAAAACGGAUGGCUCUGAAGCUACUGCAGCCUACGGAAGGCACCUCCAGAGCGCAGUGAAUCUACCUGCUGCUCAGUAUGUAGCAGUCUUCAACAUGGAGAAAGGGCGGUCCACAGGGGGCCGGGAGGGUACCGGGAAGGGAGGGAGUCUCCGCUUCCAGCGGGCCGGGCCCGGUCUCGCCCCCGCAAGCGCCGCCGCCCGCCCGCGCAGCUCUUCUCGCCGCGGCGUCCGCCUAAGCCAUAAAAUCAACCGCCGCCGGUCACGGCGCGUUUUGCCACGUGCCGGAGGCGGAAGUGAGACGCUGCCCGUAGCGGAAGUGAGACGCCUGCUCAGCGAUGCCAUUCCAGUAGCGGCGGCGGCGGAGGUUUCCCUCCUUUCCCCCCGCCGCAUCGCCUCGCCUCAUCCGUCGUCGGGACCGGGUGCGGGGUGGGGAAGGCGGGUGGGCCAGAGCGGCCGGGAGAGGCGGCGGCGGCGGUGCGGCGAGCGGGAUAUAAGCGUCUGUGUGUCAUCACCUUUACAAAGCAAAGGGAAUAUUUCCUUAUGGGGAACCAGGAAGGUUUUUUUUGACACUCAUGCGCUGGUAUGCCUCUUGGAAGAAAAUGGGUUCACCACUCAGCAGUCGGAGGUCAUUGUGUCUGCAUUAGUGAAAAUUAUGAACACCAACCUGGAUAUGAUUUACAAGGACAUGGUCACCAAAGUACAGCAGGAAAUUGCACUUCAGCAAGUAAUGUCCCAUAUUGGCGGCGUGAAAAAGGACAUGAUUAUUUUGGAAAAAAGUGAAUUUUCAGCACUUCGUUCAGAAAAUGAGAAAAUAAAACUUGAACUCCAGCAGAUAAAGAAGCAAGUCGCGGAUGAAAUUACCAAAGUUCGUGCAGAUAACAAGUUAAACCUAAACCUAGAGAAGAGCAGAGUAAAAGAAUUGUACUCACUUAAUGAAAGAAAACUACUUGAAAUGAGGACAGAAAUAGUGGAAUUGCAUGCGCAACAAGAUCGAGCUCUGACCCAAACAGACAGAAAAAUAGACACAGAAGUUGCAGAUCUGAAAACAAUGCUCGAAACGCACAAACUUGAUAAUAUUAAGUACUUAGCAGGUUCAGUAUUUACAUGCCUUACUGUAGCACUGGGAUUUUAUCGUUUAUGGAGAUAAUAAAACAUCAAUUUAAAGGGACUUCCAUUGUCUUGGUUUCUGAAAAAAAAAAAAAAAGAAGUUUUAUCGUUGCCUGGACUUUAACCAAGUCUUGACUGUUUUAUUUAUUUAUUUUUGUAAAGCAGACUGGAUUGAGAAUGUAACCAAAGAUGUGCCUAGAACCAAACUGUACACAUAUCAUGCAUAUUCUGAAAUUUACCUCCGAUGAAAGAAUGGUAUACGCAUUUCUGCCAUUUCCCUCCUUUCUGAACUGCAGUACACCUUGCUGCUACAAAGUGUUGUAUAAGCAAAGGCUGGCAUUCUUACCAACGGUAUGGGGCUGCAAGCUCUGGAGAAGAACCUGUGGAAUUAUGUUCCCUUGCCUGUUGAGGCAUGCCUGCCAGAGUCGGUUGCAUUUAUCAGACUGAAGUCUUGAUUAUUAAUGUAAAGCUGAAACUACACAUUUUGUGGCUUGGAGGCACUCUUGUAUAAGUAGAAUUUGUGUUAACUGAAUCAUGCUUACUUCCCUCUUUCUAACACUUGUUCAUACAGUUACUAUGAUCAAAUAUUUGUUUUGCUAUUUUUGUAACAUUAUAGGUGUCAGCUUAUUUUCCAGAUGGCCGUCCAAUCAGUCAUUUUUCGUGAAAGUACUGUGUAAUGAUAGCAGUGUUUGCUGCUAGUUUUAUUUGUAAUGUAUUUCUAGAGGUUUUUGUGACUAACUUGCCUUUGGUACAUGUAAGUAUCUGAUACUCAUUCCAUAUGCUAAUUGCUAACUUUUACCACUGUAACUGGAAGUUUGAAAUGCAGUAAAAUACACUAGUUGUGUUAAUUUACGCUAAGUGGUAUGAAGUGUCUCUGGUGCUGCCUUCUUGAUGGAAGGGAAUUGAUACUUCUAGAAAGGAAAGAGAUUUUAAAUGGUGGUUAUAAAGCAGGGUUUUAGGCGAGGGAAUUGCAAUACUGACAUUCUUCUAGGUUUUUUGUUGUUUAACAAAUAAAAAAUAAUCCUGUUUGUUCUUCAGAUGUGGAACUUUGAUGGUGAUUAUAACAAUGAAAGCAGUAGUGAAGACCUGCAAGGAUGUUUAAUCCAGUUCUAAGCAAGCCUGUGUGAACUAGUAAGGGCAGCUGAAAGCAAGGAAGGCAGGCAUCUAGGGUAUCCAAAUAUCUAUCAUUCUUCCAUUCACUGAUGAAACGACUGCUUUAGUAGCAGAGCUGCCAUCUGUGGUCCUUCCGUUAAGGGAGUUUUCUCUUGCUUGCUUUUAGGAGGAGAGAACAAUCUAUGCACUGGUAAUAAAUGCUGUUAGAGCACAAUCACAGCUUUGCUACAUGAAAGUAAAGCUGUUCAGCUACUUUGUGCCUGUACUGUAAUAACCAUGGAACUUUUUUGGUGGUUGCAAGUGCCAACUUUGAUCAUGUGCAAGUGCGGAGGAAGAGAUGGAUACCUGUAACAAUACUAUGCUGGCCUGAAAUAAAGAAUUUCGAAUAUUUCCUAGAAAA